AUGUGUGACUGGGGUGGUGUUGAGAGAAACCUGUUUGGAGCAGUGGUGUGUACUGCCUGCAUGAAAGCUGCCAAUGAAGUUCUGGGUGCUUUGGUGCCUGCUGGUGCCAAUCGCCUGCUUAAAUCAAUGCAGCCAGAAUGUAGGCUAACAAUUUUGUAUUUUAACUUAACCCUAGCUUCAGUAACCAUCCAGGAAUGUGACAUCCAAGAGAAGAUUAACUUUGAAAUCCGCAUGCGAGAAGGCAUCUGUAAACUGCUUGCAGUGAGCACUCAAAAAGAUCAGCUCCUGCAGGCUGUCAAAAACCUGAUGGUUUGCAAUGCUCGUAUAGGUGCAUACAGGAGAGAGCUACAGAGCCAAAGAGAAGAGCUGGUCUCCUGCACAACUGGAGAACGGUCUUCAGAAAAUGGGACAAAAGACCGAGUGGCAUGCAGAGCCAAGGUUGCUCUAUCAGAUAUUCGAAUACCAUUAAUGUGGAAAGGCUCUGAUCACUUCAGCAAUAAAGAAAAAUCUCAGCGCUAUGCGGUUUUCUGUUUAUUCAGAAUGGGAGCUGAGGUUUUUGAUACAGAAGUGGCUGUUGUGGAUAAAGCAGUAACAGAUAUCUGCUUUGAAAAUGUAACUGUAUUUGAUGAUGCAAGAUCAGAUUUCCAGGUGAAGGUUGAAGUGUAUAGUUGCUGUACAGAGGAGUCUUUAUAUGGAACAAACACUCCUAAGAAACUAGCAAAGAAGCUUAAAACAUCCCUCAGCAAAGCAGCAGGGAAGAAACUCAAAGCUGCGCUGGAAGAAGACAGCACUGAAUCCUUUUUGCCUGCUGACCCAGUCAUCCAUGGAGUAAAGUACAGUUUGCUAGCGUUUACCACUUUGGGGCUGGAGAGUGCUGAGAACAAUUUCAGGACCCACAACCUUACCAUUACAGGAAAUGAGGAAUCCUCUUUUUGGCUGCCCCUGUAUGGAAACAUGUGUUGCCGUUUAGUUGCUCAGCCAACCUGCAUGGCCAGGGAUAUGAUGGCAGGGUUUCUUAAUCAGCAGCAAAUGGUAGGAAGUCUAACUAGCUGGAGGAGGCUGUAUUGUGUACUAAGAGGUGGCAAGCUUUUUUGUUACUACUCGCCAGAAGAAAUUGAGGCUAAACUGGAGCCAGCAUUGACAGUUUUCAUCAACAAGGAAACCAGAAUCCGAGCAGUGAAUAAGGAUUCCAAGAGAAGAACUAAUAACUUCUCUGUUAUCAACCCCGUGUCUGGAGAGGCUGUGACACAACUUUUUGCUACUGACAGUAGGGAAGAACUUCAUCAGUGGAUGGAGGCUUUCUGGCAGCACUUUUAUGAUCUGAGCCAGUGGAAACAUUGUUGUGAAGAACUUAUGAAAAUUGAGAUUAUGUCACCACGGAAACCACCUUUGUUCUUGACAAAAGAAGCGACCUCCGUCUACUAUGAUAUGAGCAUUGAUUCUCCAGUGAAACACGAGAGCUUAGCUGAUACCAUACAAAGAAAAAUCAAAGAGAGUGAUGGUGAGUUCCUGCUCAGCCAGCAAAAAGAGUCUGCAUCUUCUCUAUGGGCUUCACUCUUUGAUGGAUCUCACGAGAUGGUUGUUCAGAAAAAUGUGCAUCUGGGCCCAGAAAGAGACACUUCAAGUCCUAAUGAUAGCAGAGGAAAGAAAAGAAGAGCCCCACCUCCACCCUCUGAUAAGUCACCAUACAGUGCAAAAGCCCAGGUGAACACAGAGCAAUUGGGCAAGGAAAACGGGGAGAAGUCUGACCACACACCUGCAGGUGGUGCUUCCUUUGAUUCAGAAUUCUCUCUGAAAAUGCAGCAGCUGCAGACACCUGUUGCUGCACCUCGCAGAAUUGGUCCUUGUAGAAAAAGCAGUUUAGCUGGCCGUGGGAAUCUGGUUCCAUUGGUGAACAAGAUAGAGUCUGAAAACAAACCAGUACCAACCCCCAGGCAGAAAUGCAUCACGAACGUUCUGCACCCUAGAUCACGGUUGCAGCCAUAGACACCAUAAUUGGCUAUGAGGAAUCCCUCACAUUUUAAAUUUCUCAGCCUCCUACUAGAACUCUUGAGUACAAAUAGAUUUUAGCAUUUAGCACACAAGUACUGAGGCUAAAAUUUUUUACUUAUAGCUGGGGCAUUAUUAUUAACUACAGUCUCAGCUGUGCUAAUUACCACGAACAUCAACACAAUUGCACUAGUAACAGGGGAGUGGUUUCUAUCUGAAAUACCAUGCUACUUCUGGGUGGUUCAGCACUUUUCCCUCUAAGAACAGUGAGUGCCUGGGGUCACUCCAUGUCAGUGCAGCAGGGGGGCUACCAUAGCCUUCUAGCAGUCCCUCCACUUAACCCAUCUGCAGCUCCUCAGAGUAGUUCAAGUGGGAUUUUCACACACAUCCAGCACAGAUCUAGCAGAGCAGAUUUUCUUGGGCUCCAUGCUUGUCUUCACCUAAAAUAUUUUUAUCUCUC